AUGAAACAAUCAAAAAAACAAAACGAUCAAAAAACAGAACAAUCAAAAAAACAAAACGAUCAAAAAAACAAAACAAUCAAAAAAACAAAACAAUCAAACAAAGGAAACGAUCAUAAGCAAAACAAAAAACAUAACGAUGAUCAGUUUCAAGCGAAACCAACAAAACAAUCAACAGAAACGAUCAAAAUCAAAAAAGCAAUCAAAAACUAA